ACUGGGACGAGUGAAAACGUUUCACGUUUAUGUAAAUAUGACCCGGAAGCAUGGACUUCUGAUCAUAAAAACCGUGGAUAUUCGUCUUAAUUUGUGCAAAAUAAUUCAGCUAAUUUUUUUUUUCUAAUAAUGUUUUUAUUUCUCUCUGUAUAUGAUGUAACUCUCAAAAUGAUGUAAUCCGAUACUAGGAGAAGGAAUAAAACAUUCGGAAAGCAAACAAUAGUGUAGUGAAACAAAUAGUGUUGAUCGCAUGAAAGAAGGGAAAAUAAAAUUGAAAAAAUGGAGCCGGGAACAUUGACUAAGGUUCUGCAAGACUUUUUAACAACGGUUGACGGGGAACUGAGUUUGUUGAAAGGAGAUUAUCUAUUGGUUCUUUCAGUCGUCGAUAAGAUUUGGUGCUACGGUCAGUCACAUAACAACAUUGGGAAAUUUCCAACAAAUUAUUUGCACAAAGUUGACAUACCGGAUAUAAAGGAUAACGAAAAUUUAUACAUAUCCAUCGCUGCCUUCCGAGGAGAACAGCCUGGCGAUCUUUCAUUUUCAAAAGGCGAAAUUAUUUUUGGGGCAAACGAAGUGGAACCAGGUUGGAUAUCUGGAUACACUGAUUCACACAGUGGAAUUUUUCCUGCCACUCAUGCUUGGAAAUUGGAUACAGCUCUGAUUAAGAAGGGUGUGAGAAAAAAAAUAGCACGACGAAAGGCUAAAGUGACGGCAAAUCUGGAAGCCCAGCUAGACGAAGAGUUGGAUCUAACUAAAGGCACUAUACUAACAGUGACGGAAAUCUUGGAGGACGGAUGGUGUCGCGGUGAAACCGAAGAUGGUAGAAUCGGUAUUUUUCCCCAAGGCUUUGUCGAGUUCUUAGAAGGUGUGAGCGACGAGUCAGUCGAUGAACAGGAAUCGGUGGUAGCCGCAAGACUCGAUCCUCUGCUCCAAAAAAAAUUUGGCAACGACUCAGCUAUGCACUACAACGAGGAACCUGCGCCUUGCUAUUACGAGCUAUUUCCAGAGUUUGCCCCUGAGGAUACAAACGGCGAUGACAACGUGAAAGGAAAAAUUGAUGACUAUAACGUUCCUGUCGACAACAAUCUCAAUCCUUUUGGCGUUGAUCCGUAUGCAAUAACGCUAUACCCAUUCAACGCUCAGUUUCCGAACGAACUAAGCUUCACAGCUGGAGAAGUUGUGCGUUUGAUAAAGCACAAAGAUUCAGAAUGGGCAGAGGGAUCGAUAGACAAUGUGAAAGGCAUCUUCCCUGUCUCCUAUGUCAACAUAAUCGUGGACUGUCCGCAUAGUGUGGAACCAUCCCCGUCGAAAUCUGUGGAAGAUGAAGAAGCAGAAGAGGAGGUGGAGGUGGUUUCUAAAGCAGGAGAUUCGCUGGUACCUGGAGUCGUCGUUAAAGUAGAAUACAAAUUCGAGGCCCAGAUGGACGGUGAUUUGAGUGUUAACGAAGGUGAUUUUGUCACGGUUGUAGAAAUGGCGAAUAGUGACUGGGUCAGUGUUAAAAAUGAGGAUGGACUUGUUGGUCUUUGCCCAAGGGGCUAUUUGAACGCCAAUUUCGAUCUUCAAAGUGAGCAAGGAAACUCUGCAGACGAGAGUGUUGUGCUGAGAAAUGAGGAGGCGACAGAAGAACUGAAAUUUGAAGAUCGUUUCGACAGCAAGAGACUCUCCUGUCCGCAUAGACCUGCACCACCAGCUCCAGCGCCGGGCCGAGUCCCGCUACAACGACAAACUACGACUGUCGAGGGUCAAGAGGAAACUGUCGAGGACGUGGAGGAUUCGGAAACGGAGAGUAGAGUUAAAGCCAAACAGAAGAAAGCCGAUCAUCGACAGAACGUCAUAACUGAGCUGGUGAUAACGGAAAAGGAGUACGUUAGAGAUUUGAAGAUGACUUACGAAACUUUUAAUCUGUAUAAUCCGAGCAUGCUCGAAUCCCGGGGUAUAGAUGUGACUACUUUGUUCGGAAACAUGCUGGACGUGAUUAAAAUCGCCGAGGAUCUAUUGGACAAGAUGCUGUCGGCAAUGAAAGGCUGCGACGAGGAAUACCAGACCAUUGGACCCUGCUUUUCAAAAAUGUCUGAUAAACUGCAGAUGGUCUACGUCAAAUACUGCAGCAAUCACGAGGCUGCGUUGGCUCUAUUGAAAAAAUACGAGAAUAACUCCGAAAUUAUGGCAGUGUUUGAAAAGGGUAUCGAAACAUUGCGCCAUCAGAUAGCUUGCUUUGACAUGAGUUCUAUUCUGAUAAAACCUGUGCAAAGAAUAUUAAAAUAUCCUUUGAUGCUGUACGAACUUGUGAAGUGCACAGAAGAUGACCACCCUGAUAAACCAGAAAUAGAAGAAGCUUGGCGAGCUAUGACGAACGUUGCGAGCUACAUAAACGAAUAUAAACGUCGCAAAGACUUGGUGACAAAGUAUUUCGAGGGUGAGAACACGUUGAUGCGAAAAAUGGCUAAAUUGAACAUGCACUCCGUGGCAAAGAAGUCAACCAGACUCAGUGCAAAGCUUUCUGCUUCGUUGGGACUGACAAACAUAGCACUUGAUACUGACUUUGAUGAGUACGAAAGACAGUUUAAAUCUGUUGAAAAAUCAACUUGGCAAUUGGCCAGGGAUGUUGAGCAGUGCAUUGUUUACUUAGGCGAAGAAUCUGUCAGCGGUCAGUUAAUAUCGGAUUUGAUAAAUCAGUAUUACCAAGGAACUUCUAACAAUGAGGUCAGGAAAUUUAACGAAACUCGCUCUGUCAUAUGGUCAAAUUAUUUACAAGAGCUGAAAUCUUGCCUGGAAAGAAGAGUCUCGAGUCCUCUCAACCACUUGAUCAACUUACUCCAAGGCCCAGCGCUACUUAUUGAAAAAAGAUACGACAAACUCCUUGAUUAUGAUGUCGCAGUUUCCAAGAACGAAAAGAACAGAGAUAACAAGAUUUUUCAGGACGAACUACUUCGCGCAAAAAGCAACUACGAGGCACUCAACGAACAAUUGCUAGAGGAACUCCCGACCUUGAUCAAUGUAUCAACUAAAAUACUGGUGAAUUGUUUCGGCGCCUUUGCCAACUCCAGAAAACUCCUUAGUGGACAAGUUACCAAACGUUAUUUAGCAUUAUCAGAGACGGCAACUCAAAUAACGGCUCAGGAUAUUCUCGAGUCGUUUUUAGUAAGUCAUAAUUUACUCUGGAACCAAAUAACUCGGUUUGGUUUUGCCGGCUCGAAUCCCCGGAUAGAGGAGAGCCAGGUGGCAUGGAACGAACAAAGCGAGAGGCAAAGAAAUCUCUUACGAAACAAAUACCCUGUGGACAGACUGUUCGUAGUCAAAGAAAAUGUGGUAAGCACAUCUUCCUUGGACAUGGGAGCGAAACGAGGCACCAUAGUGGCUGUAAUUAAGAAUCAGGAUCCAAUGGGAGAUUCGACAAGAUGGUUUGUCGACAACGGAGCACUCAAAGGUUUUCUACCAAGCCAAAACUUAGAGGUACUGCACCGCACGUCAAGCGUCAACAGUACGAAUGGAAAUAGGGCAUCGAUAAGUCCAGACACAAUGGCGGAUUUCAUAUCCUUGGACUCGCCAGAAGCCACCCGUACAGAGUCACCGGACCUCAUCUGCAUGGACUCGCCAGAAAAGGAAAAUAAAACGUCUUCGAUGGCGGAAAGGCAGUCGCAAUUUUAUCAAAACCUGGAUGAUGCUGUUGACGAUUCUCAAAACGAUACCACGACUGGUAGUACCAGUGUCCUGCAACAUUACCAAAAUUUGAAUAACGUUUAUUAUUACGCGCUCUACAAUUUUGACGGAGGAAUGAAGGGCACAUUAGUUAUAAAAAAAGGCCAGGCAUUAAGACUCUUGAGGCCUUGUGAUGAAAUGAAAAACGAUGAUUGGUGGUUGGUUCAAGAUCGCUCUGGAGCUUCUGGCUAUGUUCCUAAGAAUUAUCUAGGCCCUCCUGAAGCAGUGAUAUGAGUGACAAUGCACGUGAAAAAACGAGGUAAUGAAUACAAGAAAUUUCACCGUUAUCAAGUUACUAUGAUAAAAAAAAUUUAUUUACACAUAUGUAUAUAUUAUAAAUAGAUGAUUACAAGGACGCCGACUAUUGUUGCCUCAUAAAAAAAAGUAAUAGAGGACUGCGACUAUUGCAGUUUUGUUUAAAUGUGCUCGAGAAAUUUUAUAUCUACAAAUGAACCUGUUGCAUAUUUUUCAUUAUCAUAUUGAAUGUUUGUAUAAUAAUUUACCCAUAGUUUUUCACUUUCAUGAUCUUUAUAUCGGCUUCUCAAUGCCUAGUCAAAUACUACUGUAUAGUACUUUAAUAGUUGGUUAAGUAAUCACUUUUGGAGAUGUUUGAAGAAUUUAAUGCUACGUUAACUGAGUAUCAAAUUUUUGCCGAAUGUCGGCAAUGUGAACUUUAUACUUAUGUAGGGCUUUACCUCACUAUCAAUCAUAUUCUAUGAAAGAUUUUUCAAUUUCCUGCCAAUCUAGAGUGACUUAAUGAACUCAGUAAUUAGUAUUAUUGUAUAAUAAAUACGUACAGGGUUCUAAUGGUUUAAUCGAUAAUCUUUUGAACCGAAAGCUAUUUGUAUUACAUAAUGCCUAACAGUUUUAUCGGAUACAGAGUUGUUGAACCACGGUUCAACAAGUAUUACGUGAGAAAGAUUAAUUAGUUUGCUGUUUCUUUAUUUCAUACUUUUAUCAAAAGACAAUUGAUCGCCUUUGGAAAGAGAAAAUAGAAUAUAAAGCUUAAAAUAACGAAAAAUAUUAUAUUGGUAUAACUGAUAACGCUAUCUUAUGUCCUAUUUGAAGAAACGUAAUUUAUGAACGAGAUUAUCGUUAUCUGGAAAAUAAAAAAUAAAAAUUUGGCUAGGAAAUAGUUUUAUGUGACGUAUAGAGAUUACAAAAUGUAAAUAUUAUGAGCAAGCUGAACAGCUUGCAGGAAUAAUGUAGGGUUAUAAUAAAAUGAGGGAGUACAAUGAUCCAUUUAUAUGGCGUAGAUAUUCUGUAUUGCAGUUUAUUUUGCAAAAUCUAUACAGACUAUACAUAUACCUAAGUGCAUAAAGCAGAGGACGGUCCGUGAAUAAUUCGGAUCACUCUGCAUUAAUAUAUAAAUGUUUAUAUGUUCAGCCAACAAUAAUUAGAUAAACUAUACAUUUAUAAUUAAUAAUAAGAUUUUAAACAGUUAUACAUUGUAGAUUAUUAGUUGUAUAUUUUGACUCGUGCCAUUUACAUAACUCCAGAUUUUAAGAAUUCAAAGUAAUAAACUAUUUUAUCAUUGUUAUUAUAUUCGAUCUAUGAUUGAAUUUUGAGAAUUGUUCUUGUGCGUUAAAAGAAAUUGAUGAAUGUAUACAUUUGAAUUUAUCGUAUACACCUUAUUAUGCUAUACGUACAUACACGAUAUAUAGUAUAUUACAUGCAUAUGUGUUGGGGUAUGUAUAUGUAUGGUAUAUAUAUACAAUUCAAUUGAUGCGUUAUUCUACUAAGUUUAAGGUGUACGAAAUUAAAUGAAUUAUCAUGUGAAUUAAAAUUAUACUUUCAAGUUAAUUAUCAACAAUUAUCACUGCGUCCUCUUAAUUGGAGGGAAAGAAAAACUUGUUCUUCAAGAACUGAAUGUAGAAUGUUCUGACUGUGCUGUACUUGGCACAAGGAUGUAAGAUAGAUUAAGUGACAGUGAAGUGGAGGAGUUGAAAUAAUGGAGAAAAGAAACAAUAAGCUCAUAACGUAUUAAAAAAAAAACAUUUACUAUAUCAUACUAUCACUUAUCGACAUAUAAUAUUCACUUAAAUUGUUACAGUAACACAGACAGUAAAUACUAAUACAUUUCCUUAAAUGCUAAGUCGUCAGGGUUUCUUAAAAAUACAAUUAUAAAUUGACACAAAAAAAAGUAAUCUUAAAUUAGUAAAACAGUCUUAUUCAAGGUACAAAAAAAUAAAUCUACUGCACAUGAUAAGCUAUAAAUAUCAUGACCAUAACGAGUACACUUACAAUUAAAACAUAUCAAUAAAACAGAAUUAUAAAAUUACUGCGAUCUAAAAAAAAAAAACCGAGAUAAAUUAUCAAUGGCUACAACUGCUUGAUGCCAAUUAUUAGAUACUCAUGGAAAA